UAAGGAAGACAAAUCAGUUAUUCAUUAACUCUGACAGGCUUUACACUCCCCUGCAGUUGGAAGCCAAUUCACUCCAUUUGCAGUAUAUUUACAAAAGUCUUUGACAGGUCCAGGCUUUAGUUUGGUACGAGUGUUGAGAUGAGUGACGUGGAAGACGACGUUGAGAUCUCCUUUCCAGUAAAGUUUCUCGGUCGAGUAGAGGUGGUCCGCCCCGAUGGAAUACAGAUCCUGGAAGAAGCCGCUCAGAACCUCAAGACUUCAGAUGAAUUCUCCUCUGAGAAGGCUGCAAAGAAGAGCAAAGUCCAUCUCUUCCUGUCUCUGAGUGGGAUAGACAUUUUGGAAAACAAAACCAAGUUCCUAUUGUACUCGUGCAACCUCUCUACUAUUUCCUUCUGUGCUGUCCUUCCUUCUUCACCCAAAGUUUUUGGGUUUGUGGCCAAGCACCCUGCAGCGGACACGUACCACUGUUAUCUCUUUCAGAGCGCAAAGUUUUCUCACGUGCUGGUCUCAGUUAUUGGGGACGCCUUUCGGGUUUCAAAGAAGGAGGAGACACCCAGAGUAGGACGAGACAUAAAAGUGGAGGCACUCCAACAUAAGAAUAAAAUGCUGCAAAGAGAGAAUGAUAAGCUGAAGAGGAGGCUUGCAGGAGAAAUUGAUGACUGAUGAUUGCAUACAAUGUUGCUGUUGUGGGUACAUAUAAGUACACAACGACUGUGAGACACUGCUUCCUAUUAAAUUUACAGGAUGCUGAAAUAAAUAUGUCUGUAAUUUUC